CGACCGUUCCGGAUGAACAGAUAUGAUUCGCAUCUAUGACACAACAUAAUUUAGGGGAUCACUUGAUUUGGUUGUUGAACCGGCCCCAAGAAUCUUUUGCAGCAGUGGAAAUCCAGACGCGACAUCGAGACCGUGGAUCCGAGCCCGUUCGACGUGACUUUGCCGGCCAAUUUCCUCCCACCCAUCCAAAUACCGCGCAGAGUGCCGUAUCAUACCCUUUUGGCACGAUAGGCCUUGAUUCAACCGCUCAACCCUCUCACGAGAAUGCCGAUGAUGGCGUUUCACCUGGCACGGGGAAUAUGGCUUGGCUCCAAUUCGCACCAACUUCACCGUCGAGGUCAAAAUUAUUGUGUUUAGAUACCAAGGCAGGCUCGGCUACUGAAUCAAGCACUUCGUCGAAAAGAAAGAAUGAAUUCGUGUUAGAAGCACCUAGUUCAAGCAAAUCUCGAUCUCGGAAGACACCAAAAAAAAACAGUUCCACCGAAUCUCCUCUCACCAAGGCAGAUAUAUGGCGAUCGCCUUCCUUUAACCGAAAUAUCCUUUUGACCAGGCUUUGUUACCUGACGAUAUCGAGUCUAUUGAUCUCACCAAUGAUCUGGAACAUCACACUUCGUCCUCUGGGACGAUUUCGGCUUUCGGGGAGCCUCAGCGGCUAUGGACAGAAGAUUAUGCUGCACACAGGGAGCCCUUGGUCUCUAAUCAGGGUAGGAAAAGGAAAAGCGACGAAUAUGAACGUGACCUGCCGCCGUCCGGUGAAUCCUCCCCCAGGCGCCGAACACCCACACCAACAAAGGCGAAAACCCCAAACUUGAUGAACUCUUGGUCUCAGAAGACACCAAAACAUAGUUCUCCUCUCAAAACACGCCUCAUAACCAUCAGCGAUUCCGAAGAAGAAGCUAGCGAUGCGAUAUGGGAGGCUGAACCGGAAGGUCGAGCUCGCACAUCUUUAAGUAGUGCCGAGUUGCACCCAAGGGUACAACAUAAAAAGAAUCAAAGCGCACUCCUAACAGACGACAAAUGUGACACGACUAAGCAGAAACCUUGCGACUUGCAAAGUGGAGCCAUGCCACCAGCCACGGACGCCAGAUUUCCUCUUGAGAAUGAUAAUCCUCUCUUCUCGAGAUUUUUGAAUAUUGCCGACUCUUUUAUGACUGAUGCCCUAAAGAAGGUAAAUUCCGAGCGUGAUCGGAAAGCCAAUAGUGCUUACCAGCAUGUGAUCAAUGGAUCUGCCCCUCCAGCGGAUGUGCUAGAGGAGAUCAAGGCCUUGCUUUCAAGGGUCAAAGCUAUCGAGAGUCUCUGCAGAGAAAAGAAAGAGUACCUUACAUUACGCAAUAAGUUAGACGAGCUUAAAUUUAGACUGAUGCAACAUAUUCAGACUGGGGAUGUUCCGGAGUCUUCUUCUUCGGAUGUUAUCGAAUGUAGGCAUCUUGAAAUGGACAUGCUUCAACGCAGGGAAAAGAUCGUGGGUUUGAUUCAGGAGGCGGAAAUUUUUAUUGACAGUGAAACCGGCUCGUUUUCAAACGCUCAAACACCAGAUCAUAGAGUUUUGGUUUCAGGAACCCAAAUUUCGGAAGUUCGUACAGCACCAGCCGGGAGACGAAGCUCUUCUCAAUUUUUGGCCGGGGUUUCUGGCUACACUCACGCUAUGUCCCUACCAACACCUGUCACCACCUGCCCGCAAAGGAAAUACUCGUAUCGAAGCGACUCUGGCACCAAAACGUUCGCCAAUACAUCUGUUACCAGAGCGGGAUCUACUCGACCUUUUGAAGAUAGUUUUGAUGCGCCUUGGAGGAAUAGCCCGGGGGUUUCCCCCUCCAACAAGCCUUACCAAGAUAUCGACGACCUGAAAUUUGACGACGAUGUGUUUGAUGAUGGCGACCUCUUUUCCCGAACCAUGGGGACACCACUAAGGCCAGGAUCGGAUAUUGAAUAUGAUGUUGAUGCAGAUGACGAUGAUAUGCUUGAGGCAGCAGAGGACUUCGAGAGCAGCAUGCAUCGCCCUACUCGUGACGUGCUCCAAGAAAGCAACAUUAAUUUUGCCCGAUCACCACCUCGGAAAAAAAUGCAAGUGUCGGGUACACCCGCUGUAGUCGAGGGAAUGAAUUAUCCGUGGUCUGCGGACGUAAAGGCUGCACUGAGGGAUAUCUUUAAUCUUCGUGGCUUUCGUCCUAAUCAACUGGAAGCGAUCAAUGCAACUUUAAGCGGGAAAGACGCAUUUGUUUUGAUGCCUACUGGAGGUGGAAAGUCACUCUGCUACCAGCUGCCGUCUGUUGUGCAGUCCGGUCGUACCCGAGGAGUCACAGUGGUCAUAUCACCUCUUUUGAGUCUCAUGGAUGACCAAGUUGGCCAACUACGAUCCCUAAGUGUCAAAGCGCAUUUUAUCAAUGGCUCUCUUAAAGCCGCAGAACGCCGCCAAAUACUGGAGUAUCUUCAGGACCCUAGGGUGGAAGAUCAAAUACAACUGUUGUAUGUAACCCCAGAAAUGGUCAACAAAAGCCAAGCCAUGCUCGAUACGCUCAGGCAGCUCCAUAGAAGGAAGAAAUUUGCCCGGCUUGUUAUAGACGAGGCGCACUGUGUGAGCCAGUGGGGUCAUGACUUUCGACCAGACUAUAAGGAACUGGGAGAUUUUAGACGUCACUUUCCUGGAGUACCUUUGAUGGCCCUUACAGCGACAGCAACGCAAAAUGUGAAGGUUGACGUUAUCCAUAAUCUUGGUAUGGAUGGCUGUGAAAAGUUUACUCAGUCAUUCAACCGUCCGAACCUUACCUACGAAGUCCGGGUAAAAGGGAAUCACGAAGAUGUGCUUGAAAACAUUGCCAAAAUCAUUGACUUUCACUACGGGAAAACUGGGAUAAUAUACUGUCUAUCAAGAAAAAAUUGCGAAAAAGUUGCGAAGGAUCUGUGUACAAAAUACCACGUUAAGGCUACUCAUUAUCAUGCUGGCAUGGCACCUGAUGAUCGAAUUCGUGUUCAACGAGAAUGGCAAGAUGGAAAACAUAAUGUCAUCGUGGCUACAAUUGCUUUUGGCAUGGGAAUUGACAAGCCAGAUGUCCGCUUUGUCAUUCAUCACACCAUCCCAAAGAGUUUGGAGGGCUAUUAUCAAGAGACAGGGAGAGCUGGGCGAGAUGGCAAACGAUCCGAGUGUUUUCUGUUCUAUGGAUACCGAGAUGUGGUCGCCAUCCGGAAAAUCAUCGAUGACGAGAAAAAUGGCAGAAAAGAUCGACAACAAAAAGAUCGACAGCAUCAAAUGCUCCAGCAUGUUGUUCAAUUUUGUCAGAAUAAGAGCGAUUGCCGAAGAGUACAGAUUUUGGCGUAUUUCAGUGAGAACUUCAAACGAGAGAAUUGUAUGCGCACAUGCGACAACUGCCAGUCAGGCUCGAAGCACGAAAUCCUCGAUUUUACUAGAUAUGCUACCGCAGCUCUAAAGCUCGUGAGCCGAUUACAAAAUGACAGGGUAACCCUCCUUUACUGUAUCGAUGUUUUCAGAGGUAUCAACCCUAAAAGAUUCUGGCGAGAAGAGCAUACCCGAAUUGAAGAAUACGGAAUGGGUGCCGAUUUAGAUCGCAACGACGUUGAGCGCUUGUUUGGGAAGCUUGUUGCGGAGGGAGCUUUGGUUGAAAGAAACAUUCCUAACCACAAAAACAUGACCGAGCAAUUCGUCGAAUUAGGCCCUAGGGCUGCUGACUUUAGGUCUGGAUGCCAGAAAUUUACUCUUGCGGUCAGGGUAUCCCCGAAUUCCAAGAAACUUACAAAACCCCUGUCGAAGUCACAGAAGAGAAACCUGGGUUCUAAUGUAACAGGUGUUCGAGCGGUGAUGGAUGAACUCCCCCAAUCAACAAACGUUUCUUCUCCUAUCCAAAGCGUAUCCCGACGUCGUGCUAGGAAGCAGUGUGCAAAUUCUUUUGAGGAUGAUUUAGAGGAGGAAAAUGAAAGCGAUAGCGAUGGCUUUGAGCCUAUUCGCCAGGGUGGAAGGUUGCUUCGAUCCCGAGUUCGUGAUGUUGGCCCGCGAAUCACGGAUGACGGAAGCCGGCAUGGCCUAACUCAACUUCAAACCAUGAUUUUGGACGAGUUUUUAUUAAUGGCAAAGAAGGAAUGUCAAGCUAUUAUGUUGAAAAAGAACCUUCGGAGCCAACCCUUUCCAGAUAGAGUUCUACGUGAGAUGGGGAUUCGCUUCCCCAAAAAUAAGAGUCAACUGCUCCGAAUUCCCGAUAUUGACCCCGAGAAAGUAGAUUUAUACGGCGAUAAGUUCUUAAAGCUCGUUGAUAUGUCUAAACAGCGUUACGACGAGUUUACUGCAGAUGCCGUGGACAAUCACGAUCGAGAGGAAUUACCCGUCCCGGACCCAAAUCACAAUGUGGUCACUAUUAUUAGUGAUGAUGAAAGAGAUGACGAUGAUUAUCGGGAGUACCCAAAUCCCUCCGAAGAGACUGGAGCAACAAAAAGCCGGUACUUCAGUAGGCCAUCUCAGUCAAGUACUAGUUUCAGAUCCCGAAUGACUGAAUACCAAAGUUCCCAGAAAAAUAAUAGCAGUCCGGGAAAACCACGAACUUCGAGAAAGGGGUCGUUCAGUUCAAAAAGCGACCGGGCCCCUAGGCAAGCUCGGAAGGAUAAAUCAUUUAGCAGUGGCUCCGGCAAAAAAGCACGAUCUGGUCAGUGGCGAUCGAAAUCCUCAUCAUCCAGAUCGAAGCAUGCGCCUAAGUCAAAGGCUAGCAAUUCUCUUGCUAUUGGAAUGAUGCCUACUUGACUGGCAAUACCUCAAUACUCUCCUUUGGCUUCACUUUUAGAAUAUCGAUAUCAAUUUUGUGACUUUGCAAGAGAUACUUGUCUUUAGCUCCAUCGGCGAUAAACUAUAAUAAACGCAGACAUGAUCAUAGACAA